UGACGACCCAGAGAUACCACGUGAUACCGACGUCGUUUGACUAUUGGCUCACAAACCUUGUUAGAAAUGGGAAUCAAACGUCAGAUAUCUUCCACAGAGAUAAACGAAACAUUCAUUUUGGACCCGCCAAAUUAUUAAUUCACAAUCAUAAUCAUUUUGUUAGGAAAAGCCAUACUUUUAUUUGGUACCUUUCUAAAAGCUCUGUGGAUGUAUUAUUUAAAAAAAUAAUAAUUUAAUAUUUAUAAAAAUGUUAUCAAUAAGACCUUUAACGCAUGUAAUGCUUAAUAAAAUCACACCGUUUUGUUUUUUCCCCCAGUUUCAAGUGGACAAAAUUAAAGCAUGUAGUGAUAUAAUCACCCCCUUAUCCCUCUGGUACAUUCCUCAUUCACAUGCAUGGUGUAAUAAUUAAUAUGUGUUGCUCACUAAUUGGAUUAGUGCUAUACAUUUUCAAAUCCACAACAAUAGGGUAAGCCUCGAGCACGUGUUAGUGCACUCACACGUGCCCGUUCUGUGUUAGUGAACGUUUGCUAGUGUAAGCAUGGUAUGCAAAUGUGGGCGUGCGCAAUCGGUGUACUGGGGGUGUUAGUGUGCACGAGGGAGGAGAUGCAGGCAGCGAGGCUGUGGAGCUGUUAUUCCUUUUGUGUUGAUUAAACAAAAGUGACCUGAAACAAGACAAGUGGGCCUUCUCAGAAAUGAGUGUCUGUCAUUUGGAGGGCGCCUUCAAAGCAUUUUGUUAACAGACUGACUGGCUGGAACAUUCUGACCGCUCCAAAACGGUUUUGCAUCAGCAGACUUGUCACCAUGGCAACACAGCCCGUGGCCUGGCAGGAGCUGGGUCCCGUCGACUCGCUGGACGAGGGGGUCAAUGAGUUCUGGGCACAAGGUGAAGUAGGUGCAAACGUGAGCCACAACUCCCCUCAGCGAGACAAAAAGGCUCCCAGGGCAGAACCUGAAGAGGACAUAGAUGUCCCGAAGCCUGGAGCUCCGGACGAAACACGCCAAACGCUCUCAAGAACCGAAACACCUAAUGCAACCAAAUCAGAAAAUCAGGAGUCAACAAGAAUUAGUCCAUGCACCCCCAGGGAGACGCAAGAGAUGGUGACAGAAUUAGAACAAGUCAUCCAGCUAUCAGACGCAUUAAAGGCUCAAGAGGAAUCUGUUGAUCCAUGUGAGGAUGCUUUCACACCUCCUCCUCCUCCCCUCAGCGCUUCAUCAACAGAGGAAUGCUUUGAGAGAGAGAGCUUUUCCAGCCUAGAAGGGGAGGUGGCCGACUGGAUCAGUGAUGCUGAGAUCAUGUCAGACCCAACAGAAGACUUUAUGUCUCUUCAUAGCCAGAAUAGUCCAGAACGGCCAUGUCUUCUCACUGCGCCAGUAAAUAGAGGAGAGGAGGAGGAGAUGACAGGAGAUAAUAUGACAACAGAGGAGAAUGGCUUACAGCUGAACCUCUUACCAGAUGACUACAGUGAAUCUGAAAAUAUUAGAAACAACCUAGAUGAUGUAUAUACUGUGUUCUCUCCUCCGUUUGCUGAUGAAAGUGAGGAAGAAGAGGAAUUGAGCAUUGAUAUUAUGUCCUGUCAGCAGCAAUGGACUACACUAGAUGUCAGAGGCGAGCCUUUCCAACACUCAUAUUCUGCCAAUACUUCCACUGAACCAACCUCAACCCCGCCUGCAGUUCCCUCAGCCAAACAGCAGAAGGAGCUGUUGUCCCAGUGCCAAAGUGAACUUGCCCCCAGGGGAGCAAACCAGGAAGCCGCACAACAGGUGCUCGGCCAGAGCUCUUCACCUUUGUCAACCGUUGCCAUGGAGCUGCCCAAUCGGGGCGGGGCAGCUUCUCAAGGCUCUGGUUGUGUUGUAGCUGUGAGAGAGAGGCACAGCAGGGUGGGGGAAAGGACUGAGAGAGAAAGCAAGCAAACAGGUGGAGAGGGAGGGCAGAAAGAGCUUGAAAGGAACAAGGCGGUUGGGCAGCAACACGGCAGAGGACUGUUAAACUUUUCAGUCCAAACACAAGAGGUUAAGACAGGAAAACACAGCUCUGCGUCCUCUAAACACACCAGGAUGGAGAGCGACUCGUGUGACGAUAGCCAGAGCGACAGUGGGGUUUCAGCGGACUUCUCCCCGUGCAGCACCCUGGAGGGCAACACCACCAUCUCUACAGGCUCUCCAGCAGCUGCACCCAAAGAGACUCCCAUUGAGAGGGAGAUCCGACGGGCAAUAGAGCGUGAGCACAGCCUGAGAAGGUCCAGAGGGCUUACGAAUCCCCCCACUUCACCAGAGUACGUAGAGAUCCCUUUAAGGAAAACUGUUCUCAGCCAGUCAAUAACCGGUAAGCCUGAGAGGUGUCAAGGCAAAGACAGGCAGUUAGCAGGCAAAAAGAUGCAGCACGAGAUCCACGAAGAGAACAAGAGGGAACAGGAUCUGGUCAAGCUCGGGAAAGUUCCAGGUUUCUAUGACAAAGGCACCGUGCGCCAAGUCAAAGAGAGGAAACAGCUUUUUGAGGCCUUUCAGAAAUCCAAUGACUCAAAUUUGACUGCCAGGAGUAAGACCACGUCCUGGUCCUCUGCCAGUGACACCUCAAUCCUGGAGGACAUGUCAUCGCAGGCAUCCACCAUAGGAGGCUCAUUCAUGGAGAGGAUUCCCACACAGAGCUCAAACUUAGCCAAAGGAGGAGGUUCUUUGACUCCCCGAGGUCCAGGCCUAUCUGAGGGGACAGCCUGUCAGAUCAUUAUCCUAGAGAACAAUCUGAGUGUCCCAGCACAGAAGCUCUACCACGCCAAAACAGAAGUCGACUCUGGAGGUCCUAACAUGUCAUCAUCCAGGACAGCAGGACAUGGUGGGAUUAAAGUGAGAGAGCAAGAAGAGGAGGAGGAGGAGGAGGAGGAGGAGGAAGCACCCAAGGAGAACCCAUUUUUCAAGCUGCGCUCCUCAACAAGUUUAGUUAAAGUGGAGCAGGACAUCCGGGAGGCUCAAGAGAGGGAAAAGGAGCUUCACAAGCAGAGGCUCAGUGUGUAUGGGGGCACAGAGGGUGCAAAAGGAGGAGGGAGGCCAGGCAGCUCAGACGGAAAGAGUCCCAUGUUGUCUUCUUCUUCACUGAAUGGACUGGCUGUUCCUGACUUACCUGGCACAUCAUCCAGAGGGGGAACUAGACCCACAGCAGAACGCCAGUCAGUUGGCAAGCUGGGCGUGUGGCCCCCGGCACCGGCCCCGGCUGAAGAGGAGAAAACGAACCGGCCAGAGGUCCUCCAGAGUCCCCGGACCCCCAGACACAAGACCCCUCUGGUGCAACGCUGGGAGUCAGGCCUAGUCAACGGACACAACACAGAAGACGACUGAGGAGGCGUUGACGGAGCGAAACUAAAGGAGGGAGGACAGUUAGCCGAGACCUGGAGGGCUGAAAGACUGUGAGAUAAAAAAGGAAAGCAGUGUAAGGAAAGUGCGAGCAGACUAGCGGAUGGAGUAGGAGGAAAGAGAGAGUUUGAAGCGAGAAAGAGGUCAGGGAUUGAGGCUACAAAGGGGGUCAGGAGGAUUGGGAGCAAGGAAAAGGAUUGGUGGUGGACUGAAAACCCUGAAGAGUCCUUCAUCGAGGAGGAGAGAAAAAGGAGGAGGAGGGACACCUAUUAGUGGAUAAGCACUUGGCGUGUUUCUUGUGCUGGAAAACUCUGCAUAUAAUGAAUGUAAAAAGGCAAAAAAAAAUAAUGAUAACAUUUCACUGGAGAAAAGAAAAGUAAGAAUGGGAUUUUCAAACUUUAAUGAAGUUCUUUUCCAUAGGAUUUUUUUUGAAUAAUAAUGAGUUAUUAUUUUGUUGAUGAAAA